AUGGGGCCUUUGGUGGAAUGGUUUGCAACGUCCAACCCCAAGAACAAGACCCAAAUCACCCCCAUCAACCCCGAGGUGGCCCGCGUCGUAGCCGUGUCCGGCCGCACCGAGGAGGCCGUUGACUUCCUCCUGGACCAGGCCGAGCAGAACCGUGACGAGGAGUUCCUCAACCUGCUCGCCGACAUCCACAAGCAGAACAUCGCCGGCCACACCUACCGCGGUUACACCCUGGUCGGAGGCGCUGGUGACCCCAUGCGCGAGGUGGCUAUGGCCGGUGAGGCCGGCCGCCCCGUGUGGUGGGUGUUCUCCGGUAUGGGCUCCCAGUGGGGCGCCAUGGCCAAGUCCAUGAUGCGCCUCGAGCCCUUCGCCAAGGCCAUCAACACCUGCGCCGCCGCCCUCAAGCCCCACGGCGUCAACCUCAUCGACAUCGUGGUCAACAGUGACGCCAAGACCUUCGAGAACGUGCUCAACUCGUUCGUGUCCAUCGCCGCCGUCCAGGUGGCGCUCGUCGACACCCUGCACGCCCUGGGCAUGCAGCCCGACGGCAUCAUCGGUCACUCCGUCGGAGAGCUGGGUUGCGCCUACGCCGACGGCACCUUCACCGCCGAGCAGACCGUCCUGGCCGCCUACUGGCGAGGUCGCUCCAUCCUGGAGAGCAAGCUGGCCCCCGGUGCCAUGGCCGCCGUCGGUCUCAGCUGGGAGGAGGUCAAGGCCCGCGUCCCUGCUGACAUCGUCGCCGCCUGCCACAACUCCGCCGACUCCGUCACCAUCUCCGGUCCCCCAGAAUCUAUCAGCAAGUUCGUCUCCAGCCUGCAGGCCGAGGGCAUCUUCGCUAAGGAGGUGGCCAGCUCUGGCGUGGCCUUCCACUCCAAGUACGUCGCUGAAGCCGGCCCCAAGCUCAAGAAGAGCCUGGAGGCCCUCCUGCCCAACCCCAAGCCCCGCUCCUCCCGCUGGCUGAGUACCUCAAUCCCCGAGAAGGACUGGAACUCCCCUCUGGCCAAGCUCUCCUCCGUCGACUACCACGUCAACAACCUGCUGUCCCCCGUCCUGUUCGCCGAGGCUCUGCAGCACGUUCCCGAGAACGCCUGCGUGAUCGAGAUCGCCCCCCAUUGCCUGCUCCAGGCCAUCAUCAAGCGCGCCCGCGGCACCGGUGUCACCAGCAUCGGUCUCAUGAAGCGUGACCACCCCGACAACCUGAACUUCAUGCUCUCCAGCAUCGGAAAGGCAUACAUCGCCGGUGCCCAGCCCCAGGUCGGCCGCCUGCUCACCCCCAUCAAGUACCCCGUGUCCAGAGGCACCCCCAUGCUCGCCUCCAUGGUCAAGUGGGACCACUCCACCGAGUGGGCCGUGGCUGACUUCUCCGGCAAGGGCUCCCGCUCCGGUGAGAGCGUCAUCGAGGUCGAUGUGAGCAAGGACUCCGACAAGUACCUCACCGGACACACCAUUGAUGGCCGUGUUAUCUUCCCUGCGACUGGCUACCUGCACAUGCCCGUCGACGACGCCCGCGACGCCGCCUCCCUGCAGGUCGAGCACGCCUACAUCAACACCCUGUCUCGUGGUGACCUCUCCUCCCUGCGCUGGAUCGAGGGCCCCCUCACCUUCUACCGUCCCGAGAACCACCCCGGCGUCGAGAUGUGCAGCGUCUACUACGCGCCCCUCAACUUCCGUGACAUCAUGUUGGCCUCUGGCAAGCUGCCCCCAGAUGCGCUCCCCGGUGACCUCGCCGGCCAGGACUGUAUCCUCGGUCUCGAGUUCUCCGGCCGCGACUCCAAGGGUCGCCGCGUCAUGGGUAUGGUCGCCGCCCGCUCCCUCGCCACCACCCUGCUCGCCGACCCCGGCUUCAUGUGGGAGGUGCCCGACAACUGGACCCUGGAGCAGGCUGCCUCCGUCCCUGUGUGCUACGCUACGGCAUACUACGCCCUUGUUGUCCGAGGCCGCAUGCGCCGUGGAGAGUCCGCACUGAUCCACGCCGGUUCCGGUGGUGUCGGCCAGGCCGCCAUCGCCAUCGCCCUGCACAUGGGCUGCACCGUGUACACCACCGUCGGUAGCCAGGAGAAGCGCGACUUCCUCAAGAAGACCUUCCCCCAGCUCACCGACGCCAACAUCGCCAACUCCCGUGACUCCACUUUCGAGCAGCACGUGCUCACCCAGACCAAGGGCCGUGGUGUCGACCUGGUGCUCAACUCGCUGGCCGAGGAGAAGCUCCAGGCCUCCGUCCGCUGUGUGGCCAAGCACGGUCGCUUCCUCGAGAUCGGCAAGUACGAUCUGUCCAACAACAACCCCCUGGGUAUGGCUCUCUUCCUGAAGAACGUCACCUUCCACGGUAUCCUGGUGUCAAACACUUACAACAUAAUUUAA